AUGGCGUCAACAAAUACAGAUGAAGCUAUAGAAUCGGCAAAGAACAUAUUACACAACCUCACUGAUAUCACAACCGAGUUAUUGGUACAAGUUCAUGAUUUCCAAGGCACAGAGAGCUCCCGUGACGGGUUAGCUAUUGUGAUGAACUCCACUGUGGAAAACUUGGAAAAGCUUCAAAGGUCAAAUCUGACUGCAUUGGACAACGUUCAAAUACCUCUGGAUGUAGUACAAUACAUUGAAGAUGGAAGAAAUCCUGACGUGUACACUAGAGAGUUUGUGGAAGCAACGAGGAAAUCAAAUCAAUACUUGAGAGGCAAAAUGGUUGCAAUGAGACAACUACGGGACGUGUUGGCGCAAAAGAUCAGCACUGAGUUUUCAGAGUUAGAACCCUCGGUCAAGGAUAUAAUAGAGAGAACUAACGAUUGA